AUGCCAAAGGCAAUCUCGAUAUCGAAGAUCGACGGUAAGCCGGGUCAAGUGUACUACCCGCUGUCGCUGGACGAGGUACCCAAGCCGACGCCAAAGGGCACUCAGGUGGUAAUCAAAAUCCAUGCGGCGGCCCUCAACCACCGUGAUCUGUUCCUGCGUCAGCAUCUAUACCCGGGGAUCGCGUUCGGCAUUCCUCUUCUUGCAGAUGGCGUUGGCACGGUGGUCAGCCUGGGCGGCGAAGCCGACUCCAAGUGGAAGGGCAAACGGGUCGUUCUGAACCCCGGGACGGGCUGGAAGGACGACAUCGAUGGCCCCGAGGAUAAGGGCGGAUAUAAGAUCCUGGGAGGAACCAAGACCCUUCCCAACGGCACCCUUCAGGAAUAUGUCCUGAUCGACCAGUCUGAGCUCGAGGAGGCUCCGGAGCAUCUCUCGAAUGCAGAGGCUGCCGCAUUGCCGUUGACCGGGCUGACCGCCUGGAGAGCCACUUUCGUCAAAUGCGGCGAGCGGAACCUUCAGCCGGGGAGGAACAUCUUGAUCACGGGGAUUGGCGGUGGUGUCGCUCUCGCGGCGUUGGAGUUUGCACGCGCGAAUGGAGCCAAUGUGUUUGUUACAAGCAGCAAUGAUGAAAAGAUCAAGAAAGCAAUUGCGCUGGGAGCCAAGGGUGGCGUCAACUACAAGGAGGACGAUUGGGACAAGAAACUACUAGCACUGCUACCGGCUGAGAACAAACAACUUGAUGCAAUCGUGGAUGGCGCUGGAAGCGACGUGGUAUCUCGGGGUGCCCGACUCUUGAAGGCGGGUGGUAUCAUCUCGGUCUAUGGUAUGACGGUUUCACCCAAGAUGCCCUUCUUGAUGCAGGCAGUCCUGAAGAACAUCGAAGUCAAGGGUUCAACCAUGGGUUCCAGAAAGGAGUUCAAAGACAUGGUGGCAUUCAUCAGCGCGAAAAAGGCAAAGGUCGUGGUGUCUCGUGUUGUCCAUGGACUCGACCUAGACGCCAUCAAUGGGCUGUUCGAGGAUAUGAAAAAGGCAACACAGUUUGGAAAACUCGUGAUCGAAAUCUCAAAGGAAGGCGGUGAGAGUAAAUUGUGA